GAAUGUCAUCAGUAGAACCACACCAGGAACAAUUGUCCCAGUCAGAUCCAUCUCCAUCACCAAACUCAUGCAGUUCCUUUGAGCUAGUUGACAUGGAUGCUGCCAGUUUGUACGAACCGGUUUCUCCUCAUUGGUUUUACUGUAAAAUAGUAGAUUCUAAGGAGACAUGGAUUCCUUUCAACUCUGAAGACUCACAACAGCUGGAAAAGGCAUAUGGCUCUGGGAACGAUUGUAAUGGGAGAGUUGUCCCCACUGAUGGGGGCAGGUAUGAUGUUCAUUUGGGGGAGAGGAUGCGGUAUGCUGUAUACUGGGAUGAGCUAGCAUCAGAAGUAAGACGAUGUACCUGGUUUUAUAAAGGAGACAAAGACAAUAAAUAUGUGCCCUACUCGGAAAGCUUCAGCCAAGUGUUAGAGGAAACUUACAUGCUUGCUGUAACUCUGGAUGAAUGGAAAAAGAAAUUGGAGUCUCCCAACAGAGAAAUCAUUAUCUUACACAAUCCAAAGCUCAUGGUACAUUACCAGCCAGUCGCAGGGUCUGAUGAAUGGGGUUCAACACCCACUGAGCAAGGUCGACCAAGAACAGUGAAGAGAGGGGUUGAGAACAUUUCUGUUGACAUACAUGGUGGGGAACCUUUACAAAUAGAUCAUUUGGUUUUUGUAGUCCAUGGCAUUGGACCAGCUUGUGAUCUUCGCUUUCGAAGCAUUGUACAAUGUGUUAAUGAUUUUCGCAGUGUUUCGUUGAACCUGCUACAGACCCAUUUUAAGAAAGCCCAGGAAAAUCACAAGAUUGGGAGGGUAGAAUUUCUUCCAGUCAACUGGCACAGCCCUUUGCAUUCUACUGGUGUAGAUGUAGAUCUACAGCGAAUAACCCUGCCCAGCAUUAACCGUCUCAGACACUUCACCAAUGACACAAUUCUGGAUGUCUUCUUCUACAAUAGCCCCACCUACUGUCAGACUAUUGUGGACACAGUUGCCUCUGAAAUGAACCGAAUAUACUCACUUUUUCUGCAGAGAAACCCUGAUUUCAAAGGGGGUGUAUCCAUUGCUGGUCAUAGUUUAGGUUCGCUUAUAUUGUUUGAUAUCCUCACAAAUCAGAAAGAUUCUUUGGGGGAUAUUGACAGUGAAAAGGCAUCGCUAAAUAUCGUUAUGGAUCAAGGAGACACACCAACACUAGAGGAAGAUUUGAAGAAACUUCAGCUUUCUGAAUUCUUUAGUAUAUUUGAGAAAGAGAAAGUAGAUAAAACAGCUCUGGGAUUAUGUACAGACAAAGAUCUUCAGGAAAUGGGGAUCCCCUUAGGACCAAGAAAGAAGAUAUUAAACUAUUUUAGGACUAACAAAACUUCAAUGGGUAUUAAUAGACCAGCUCCACAAUCAGAUUCAGAGAUGAAUAUGUCUAACAUCCCCAAAGAUUCUGAGUUCUGCAGUAAUAUUGGUGAUACCAGAAAUGGUGACUUUCUGAAUGUUGGCAUUGGGCAGGUAUCUGUAAAAUACCCCCGGCUCAUCUAUAAACCAGAAAUAUUCUUUGCCUUUGGAUCUCCCAUUGGAAUGUUCCUUACUGUCCGAGGAUUAAAAAGAAUUGAUCCCAACUACAAAUUUCCAACAUGCAAAGGUUUCUUCAAUAUUUAUCACCCUUUUGAUCCUGUGGCCUAUAGGAUUGAACCAAUGGUGGUCCCAGGAGUGGAAUUUGAGCCAAUGCUGAUUCCACAUCAUAAAGGCAGGAAGCGGAUGCACUUAGAACUGAGAGAGGGGUUGACCCGAAUGAGUAUGGACCUAAAGAACAAUUUGCUAGGCUCCCUGAGGAUGGCCUGGAAAUCUUUCACCAGAGCUCCAUACCCUGCCUUACAGUCUUCAGAAACUGAAGAAGAAACUGAAGCAGAGGCAGAAUCAAGUUCAGAGAAGGCCACUGAUGUUAACACAGAUGAGACCUCUGUGGCAGUUAAAGAAGUCCCACCCAUCCAUGUGGGAAUGCUGAAUGGAGGCCAACGCAUUGACUAUGUGCUACAGGAGAAGCCCAUCGAGAGUUUUAAUGAAUAUUUAUUUGCUUUACAGAGCCAUCUGUGCUACUGGGAGUCUGAAGAUACAGUAUUGCUGGUCCUUAAAGAAAUCUACCAAACCCAGGGUAUCUUCCUUGAUCAGCCUUUACAGUAAAAUGACCCGUUUGUGGCUGCUUAAUACAGACAUUGAAGGAUCCUUCCCCAGAAAAAUCCACCUGUUUGUUGCUGCAGUUUUCCUCUCCUCAGCUGCAUCCAUUUCUUGCAUGUUGCCUGGCACUUACUCUUCUUUGGAAGAUAAUCUUUCUUUGGGGAAGGGAGUGGAAAAGCAAAGGGAAGAUCUUAUUACUGGUUUUGUUUAAACACUUGCCAUU